AUGGAACGAUUAGGAAUUCGGAGGCAAACAUACGAUGUGAUUCAAAAAGUUAAUGCUAUGACAGAUGGUAAAGGAGUUAGUCCGAAAGAAGCUGGGGUUAAUAUGAUUGAAGUUUUUUCAUUCGAACACGACAAAGUUGAUCAAAAUUUCUUGGUCGAAAACACCAGCCAAUAUUAUGACUCUAAAGAAUUUUAA